UUAUGAAGCAAACAUUACGGUUAACGAGUCAGAUUUAGAGGAAGAGCUUGACUAUUUUCAAAUUCCAUCAAAUAUAAACUAUCUCGAUUAUGAUCUGGCUCACAAGAAGGCCGCAAAGUUUUUGAGCCAAUUUAUCAAUUUGAUCGAAUCUGUAAUUUUUGAAAAUCUCUGCAUUUUGGAACGAUACAUAAGAAUCGGGUUUUAUAAAAAUGAAUGGCAUCGAAAGAGAACUUGUACGAAUUUUGAACUUUUGAAUGAUUCAACUAAAAAAGAACACGCUCGAUUCGAGAAUUUUGGAUAUAGAAUUUUAAAUGCACUUGAAAAACAAAUAAUAGCAUACUUGAUUUCUGUGCUCCCUGGUGCUUUGGUGGAGUUAGAAACAAAACUUGAUCACUACUUAAUAAAA